GCUUUCGCUGUUUGGUGGAUCCUGUCAGGAAUUAUGUGGCACUGAGAGGUGGGAGUUUAGCAGCUCAGGGAUCAGGCGUGAAGGGAGGUGCUGUUGCCAUAGAGACGCAGCGGCGCCAUCCAUAAUGGGUCUCCUGGUACAGAUCAGACUUCUGCUGUGGAAGAACUUCACUCUGCGCAGGAGACAGAAGUUACGGUUGGUAAUAGAGUUGAUAUGGCCCCUCUUUCUCUUCAUUAUCCUGGUGUGGGUGAGAUCCACCACUCAGCCUGUCUACAAAGGCCAGUGCUACUAUCCCAACAAGCCAAUGCCCUCAGCGGGAGUGUUACCAUGGUUACAGGGCAUGGUGUGCAACAUCCAGAACCCGUGUGUCAGUCAGCCUACCCCCGGGGAAACACCCGGACAGGUCAACAACUUCAACAACUCCAUUGUUGCGAAGGUUUUGAUUGAGGUUCAGUCUCUCCUGACUGACCCCACCCUCCUCUCCAACAUCAAAAUGCUCUCUGGUGAUAUCAACCAAUGGGCUUCCAUCCUUCAGAAUUCCCACCCAGUCAAUGGUAAGUCAGUUCCAUUUGGCAGUUUGUUGAGGGAUGCCAAGAUGUUCUCAGAGUCCCUGAGAAACAACCUGUCAGUGCCAAGCCAAAUGGCUCAGAGACUGAUGAGUGUGAGAGUUCGAUUCAAUCAGUUCCCUGCUCUCUCAGGUGUGACAGACCUGCGCAGCACCCUCUGUAGCUCCGCCUCUGUUGAACACUACCUGGAGUUCAACUCAACCAGUCACAGGCAGGAGUUCCAGAACAUCACAUGCUCGCUGACGUCCAAUCAACUUCGCCAAACAGCAGAAGUCUUCAUCCGAAAUCUGGACAAUAGGAAAACGGUGUCAGCUCUCAGCUUGGCCCUCAGCCUGAGCCCCGAGGAGACGGCGUCCCUGCUGACUCAAACAACCUUGCAUGCUGCUCCGCUGCUCAGACAGCUGUCUAAACUGCACACUUCCUCCAUCCUGACUGCCCUGGACUCUCUGGACUUCCGCUCGGACCCCUUCAGCAGUUUGACGCUGCUCAUGUGUGGUGGAGACAUGGGCUCAAACUCCACCAACACCAGCAGCCGCAAACAAGGCCUCCAACCCUCAACUCCAACAGCAAGCGCAUUCAACUUAAAUUCUACUCACAGCAACUCCAGCAAAUUCUGUCAGAGUUUGAUUGACAUGUUGAAGGGAACGCCCUCUCUGCGUCUCUUUUGGGCUAGUCUCCGCCCCCUUCUGCAGGGGCGAGUCCUCUACACACCAGACACACCCUUCACACGGAAGGUUAUCACAGAGGCCAACCGAACUUUCAGUGCUUUGUCUAAAGUCGGAGAGCUGGCUCACACUUGGCUGGAUUAUGAGGAUGAGAUCUGGAAUUUCUUCCAGAACAGCACACAGAUCAACACACUGCGGGUUCUGCUACAGGACCCGGUGUUUGCUGCUGUUUUAGACCAGCACCUGAAUGGAACCCGACUGUCCUCGGCGCUGAUCGCCAACUUCUUGUUUAAUGGCGUGGAGGCGGAACGACCAGCAGGAAUGCUGGCGUUCGACUGGAGAGAUGUGUUCAACGCCACAAGCCACGCCGCCAGGCUCCUCACACAGGUCAUGGAGUGUUUCGAUCUGGAUAAGUUUGAGGGUGUCUCCAGUGAAGCAGCCCUCGUAACCCGAGCUCUGCAGCUCCUGGACGGAGAGAGGUUCUGGGCUGGGCUGGUCUUCACCGAUCUGGACCUGAGCCAGACCUCCCUCACCAGAUAUCAGAUUCGCAUGGACAUCGAGGACACUGAGAGAACAGAUAAAGUCAAAGACAGGUCCUGGACCCCAACAGCCCGUGAUAACCCCUUUAAUGAUCUGGCCUAUGUGAGGGGCGGGUUCAUCUACCUGCAGGACCUCGUGGAUUCCGGCAUCAUCUCUGCCCUCUCGGGCUCCAGACAGCAGCUGGGCAUCUACAUGCAGCAGAUGCCAUACCCGUGCUACGUGGACGACGCGUUCCUGCGCUCCCUGUCCCGCACUCUCCCUCUCUACAUGACCCUGGCCUGGCUGUACUCGGUAGCACUCAUAGUGAAGGGUGUGGUACAGGAGAAGGAGUCUCGUCUCAGAGAGACCAUGCGGAUGAUGGGCCUGCAGAGCGCCACCUACUGGCUGAGCUGGUUCCUCAGCAGCGUCCUGCCUCUCUGCCUCAGUGCCUUCCUGCUCUCUGCUAUCCUCAAGUAUGGGCAGGUUCUGAAGUACAGCGACCCCUCAGUGAUCUUCGUCUUCCUGCUGGUCUUCUGCGUGGCCACAGUCAUGCAGUGUUUCUUCAUCAGUGUGUUUUUCUCACGGGCGAACCUGGCGGCCGCCUGCGGGGGCCUCAUCUACUUUGUGCUUUAUCUGCCGCACGUGCUCUGUUAUGCCUGGAAAGAUGUCAUCACCUUCGGAGCCAAGCUUGCCACGAGCCUCCUGUCUUGCGUAGCGUUUGGAUACGGCUGUGAGAUCUUUGCGCGUGCUGAGGAGCAGGGUGUAGGUGUGCAGUGGAGGAACGUGUGGGUGAGCACGCAGGAGGGCGACCCCUACAGCUUCACACUCUCCAUGAUCAUGAUGCUGCUCGAUGCACUCAUCUACUGGACACUCACCUGGUACAUCGAGAACGUCUUCCCAGGGCAGUAUGGGAUACCGAGGCCUUGGUAUUUCCCCUUCACCUCCUCCUACUGGUGUGGAACACCAUCUGGCUCUGACACAGAACCAGAACUGCUGGAUUCACUGGGAGAACAGAAUGGUUACCUGGAAAAGCCCCCCCCUGACCUGAAGGCGGGUGUGUCAGUGCGGAACCUGGUGAAGGUGUACAGGACUGGUAGUAAACUGGCUGUAGAUCACCUCAGCCUGGACUUCUACCAGGGCCACAUCACCUCAUUCCUGGGCCACAAUGGGGCGGGCAAGACCACCACCAUGUCCAUCCUAACUGGCCUGUAUGCUCCCACGUCCGGAACGGCAUUUGUUAACGGAUUUGACAUCCGCUCGGAUAUAGACAGCAUCCGGAAGACCCUGGGAAUGUGCCCACAGCACAACGUUCUGUUUAACGACCUCACUGUGGAGGAACACAUCUGUUUCUAUGCUCGACUGAAGGGGCGGAGCUCUGAGGAGGUAAAACAGGAAAUGGAUCAAAUGAUCAAAGAUGUGGGACUUCCUCACAAACGGAAAGAGCUUGUCAAAAACCUCUCAGGCGGAAUGCAGAGGAAGCUGUCAGUUGCCAUAGCGUUUGUGGGCGGGUCGGAGGUCGUGAUCCUGGAUGAGCCCACUGCGGGAGUGGACCCAUAUGCCCGGAGGGGAAUCUGGGACCUGCUGCUCACAUAUAAAACAGGACGAACCAUCAUCCUGUCCACGCACCACAUGGACGAGGCGGACAUCCUGGGAGACCGCAUCGCCAUCAUCUCUCACGGACGCCUUUGCUGCUGUGGCUCCUCCCUCUUCCUGAAAAAGACCUACGGGAGAGGAUAUUACCUCACGCUUGUGAGGACCAAUCUGGAGAGAGUGCCAUCACAGCACGACUCCAGAGGCAGACAGACUGAUGACUGUAAUAUGGAUGAGGGGAUUGGCUUGACCAGCAUAAACAGCAAAGAACCAACAGACAUAGCCAAUGUGAGUCGUGUUGUGUGCAUGCAUGUUCCGGAGGCGGAGUUCCUAGAGGUCAUAGGUCAGGAGCUGGUGUACAUGCUGCCCUAUGGGGGUUGUAGGGAUGGAAGCUUCGCUUCACUCUUCAAAGAGCUGGACCUGGAGAAGGAGCGCCUGGGGAUUAGUAGCUACGGCAUCUCCGACACCAGUCUGGAGGAGAUAUUUCUGAAGGUUGCAGAAGAGACAGGUGUUGAUGUGGAAGCAAAAGAAAUAAGAGAUGCUUUAGAGAGAGAUUGGAAGAGGAGUUCCACACAGUCCAGAACAAAGACCAUCAGUUCGCUCAUGGAACAUAGAGAGAGUGCAGCUUCCAAACAAGUAGAGAUCAAGGGCAGAUUCACAAAUCGAGUUGAAGAUGGCCAGCGUUCUGCUGGUGUGUAUGGUAAGGGUUCCUGGGUCAUCACCGGCUGGCCUCUGCUCAGACAUCAGUUUCGUGCUUUGUUCAUAAAGCGCUUUCAUCACGCCCGAAGAAGUCGGAAAGGGAUCAUCGCUCAGGUGGUUCUCCCGGCAGUGUUUGUGUGUCUCUCUCUGAUCUUCUCUCUGAUUGUACCUCCAUUUGUGGAGUAUCCUAGUCUGGAACUGCAUCCCUGGAUGUAUGGAAAACCACAGAAUACCUUCUACAGUGCUGAUGGACAGGGGGGAGUGUUGAAGGUGCUGCAUUCUCUCCUGUCUGAUCCAGGCUUUGGCACCCGAUGCAUGGACAACAGUCCCAUACCUAAGUACCCGUGUGUCCCUGCGGGAGCCACAGACUGGGCCACGCCUCCUGUGGACCCCUCUGUCCUCCACAUCCUUCUCAAUGGGAACUGGAGCAUGCAGAAUCCCUCUCCAGGUUGCCAGUGCAGCACCCCGCAACGCAACAUCAUGCUCCCUGACUGUGCUCCCGGGGCCGGGGGACUGCCACCGCCGCAGAGAAUACAGAACACCACAGACACGCUCCAUGAUCUCACGGGUAGAAACAUAACCGACUUCCUUAUCAAGACCUAUGCAAAUUCUGGAAAAAUACGUUAUGGAGGGCUCUCUGUUGGAGGGGUGAACUCUCAGGUCAGACUCAGCAGGGAUGAGAUCACAGAGGCUUUGUUAGACCUGAGAAAUCUCUUCAACUCCUCCCAGAAUAACAUAACUGAUAAGGUCUUCCAGGACUUGGAGGUGCUGCUGGUAGAACUCGGAACGAGAGAUAAUGUGAAAGUGUGGUUUUAUAAUCAGGGCUGGCAUGCAAUAGCGUCGUUCCUGAAUGUGGCCACCAACGCCCUCCUCAGGGCAAACCUUCUGGGAACACUUCAGCCCAAACUGUACGGAAUCUCCACCUUCAACCACCCACUCAACCUCACCAAGCAGCAGCUCUCUAUGGUGAUGGUAUCUAGCUCCACAGACGUGGUCGUGUCCAUCUGCGUGAUCUUCGCCAUGUCCUUCAUCCCAGCCAGUUUCGUCCUCUUCCUCAUACAAGAGCGUGUCAGCAAAGCCAAACACCUGCAGUUUGUCAGCGGGGUCAAUCCUACGUGCUACUGGGUCGCCAACUUCACCUGGGACAUGUGUAACUACAUCAUUCCCUGCUUCAUCGUCAUCAUCAUCUUCCUCUCAUUCCAACAAAAAGCCUACGUGUCUCCACCAAACUUGCCUGCGUUGGUCCUGCUCCUUCUCCUCUACGGCUGGUCCAUCACUCCCAUGAUGUACCCAGCCUCCUUCAUCUUCAGUGUUCCCAGCACAGCGUACGUCGUGCUCACGUGUGUCAAUCUGUUCAUCGGCAUCAAUGGCAGCAUUGCAACCUUUGUCAUGGAGCUGUUCGACGACCCGAACAUCACCAAUAUCAAUAACAUAAUGAAACAGGUGUUGUUGAUCUUUCCCCAUUUCUGUCUGGGUCGAGGGCUCAUCGACAUGGCUAAGAACCAGGCCAUGGCAACUCUGUUUAGCAGCUUGGGUCAGGAUCGGUUUGAGGACCCUCUGAGCUGGAAUAUGGUGGGGAAGAAUCUGUUUGCCAUGGCGAUAGAGGGUGUGAUAAUGUUUGGCUUCACACUUCUCAUCCAGUACAGGUUCUGCUGCAAGCCCAGGCUGGUGACGAGGUUGUCAACACCGACAGGGCUGGAGGAUGAAGACGUGGCCUGUGAGCGUGCACGUGUUCACAGGGGUGGAGCCCAGAAAGAUCUGCUCCAGAUCUGUGACCUCACCAAGAUAUACUCUGGAAAGAAAGUUCCGGCAGUGGACAGGAUCUGUGUGGGUGUACCUACAGCUGAGUGCUUUGGCUUGUUGGGUAUAAAUGGGGCAGGUAAAACUACCACCUUUAAAAUGCUGACAGGAGAUAUUCCUCCUUCAGGAGGAGAGGCCUUCCUAAAUGGAUACAGUAUCCGUACAGACAUGCGGCAGGUUCACCAGAACAUGGGUUACUGUCCCCAGUUCGACGCCCUGGACGACUUGCUGACGGCCCGCGAGCACCUGGAGUUCUACAGCAGACUGAGGGGCGUUCCAGAGAGGGAGGUCUCCAUGGUGGCAGAGUGGGGUAUACAGAAGCUGGGUCUAGUGAAAUACUCGAACAAGUCUGCUGGCACCUACAGUGGUGGUAACAAGCGCAAGCUCUCCACAGCUAUGGCUCUGAUUGGCAGCCCUCCUCUGAUCUUUCUGGAUGAACCCACUACAGGUAUGGAUCCCAAGGCAAGGCGUUUCUUGUGGGACUGUAUCCUCAGUGUGAUCAGAGAAGGACGUUCAGUCAUCCUCACGUCGCACAGUAUGGAAGAGUGUGAGGCUUUGUGUACACGAAUGGCCAUCAUGGUGAAUGGGCAGUUUAAGUGUCUGGGAAGCAUUCAGCAUCUGAAGAACAGGUUUGGUGAUGGGUACACAGUGAUAGUGCGUGUGAAGGGUGGCCUGGCUGAUCUGAGUUCAGUGGAGGAGUUUGUUGCUCAGACGUUUCCAGGAAGUGUCUUAAAGGAGAAACAUCACAACACACUGCAGUACCAGAUGCCACAUGGAGAGGGUGCUCUCAUGCACAUCUUCAGCCAGUUCAGCAAAAACCAGCAUGCCCUGGGAGUGGAGGACUACUCUGUCUCUCAGACAACACUGGACCAGGUGUUUGUGAAUUUUGCUCAACAGCAGCACAGUGCAGAGGAUGGUGUGUAUGAGAACCUUGUGGAUCUGAGCGACGAGAUCCCAAUGCAAAGAUGCUGAUAACACACACACACUCACACACACACACACACACACACACACACACACACACACACACACACAUACACUCACACACACACACCCACCAAACAAAUAAUAUUUUCAGGUAAAUAUCAGGCUAUGGAGUCUCUACCUGUUAGAUGUCCUUGGGGCUUUGGCCUUUGACAUGAAAUGAUUAAUGUUUACUUUGCAGACCUCAGGGAUUUGAGGAGGAAAUGUUCUUUUAUUAUUUGUAAUAAUUUUUAAAUGUUUGCUGAUUUUGAUAGAUUGUUGUUGC